CAGCUGAAGAGUGUAGGACCGAAGCUGGUCCCAUUCUUCAAGACGGUCGCCAUCUUCUUCGUGCUGUUUGGCCAGGAGGAAAGAUGCUCCAUCUUCUUCUGCAUCGUCAAGUGUCUCCCUGUGGUCUCGUUGAUCGUCUUUGUCCUGCUGCACGGCAUGAGCCUGAACGAGUACUACAGGUACUCCAGGCGCAUCCUGGUGGGACUCGUCUUCUCGGCUCUGGGCGACGCGCUGCUCGUGUGGAAGAACUCCUACUACAACCUCGAGCUCGGCCUCCUCAGCUUCGCCAUCGCCCAGAUCAUGUACGCCCGGGCCUUCGGCUGGCGUCCCCUGAAGCCCUACGCCGGAUCCGCGUUCCUGGCGGCGGGUCUCAUCUUCUACACCUACCUGCAGUACUACCUGAAGGGUAUGAUGGUGUACCUGGCGCCGUUCUACAUCACGCUGAUCUGCACCAUGGGCUGGCGCGCCGUGGCCCGUGUCCAGAUCUACGAUGACCUCUGGACGUGGACCAAGCUGUGCGGCUGUGCCGGCGCUUUGUGCUUCCUCAUCUCUGACCUGGUCAUCGCCGUCAACAUGUUUGCCUUCUCUGUCCCCUUCGCCCACCAGAUCGUCAUGCUGACCUACUACGCAGCUCAGUUCGGUAUCUCCCUGUCCGUGGUGGACAGCCAGGCUGAUGAGCUGAUCAGGAUACAGAAAAGCCAAUAGAUGAUAACUUAACACCCGCCCCCCCCCCCACCCUCGCGCGCUCCCCAAUCUUGACAGUGGCCGGCUCUGAAAAUCAUGUGGGC